AUGAGAGUCAGUAUUUUAAAAUUUGUUCUUUUUUCAAUUUUUAUUUGUUUUUUUGAAUAUGUCAAAAAUGAAUUAUACCUUGUAAAUGAGAGAAACAUAUAUCAUGAAAGGAAUAUAACAAAUUUUAGAAAUAAUAGGAUAUUAGCAGAUGCAGACAAUCAAUUCGACUUAAAUGAAUUUUAUCAAUCAACUUUGAGUCUUGCAAAUCAAUUUAAUGACGACAAUGAUGAUGACGAAGAAAUAAAAUAUCUUCAAAAUAUUAUAGAUUCACAUGUAAAGAAGCAUAAAGAAAAUAAUACAUUACCCGAUUUAAAUAGUUUAGAUAAAAAAACUAAAAAGUUAAUUGAUGAACUUCAAAAAGAAAUAGAAGAAACAAAAAAAGAGCUUGAUAAUAUAAGGAAUAAUAAAUUAGCAAUAGAACCGAUACAAAAUAAUCCUGUAUCAGAAGAAGAAGAAGAAGAAGAAGACUUUAAACAAUUGAAAAAUGAAAGAAAUAUCGUGGGGAAUGAGCAUUAUGAGGUCGAUCCAAAAAUCGAAGAUGAAUCAAAAACUAAGCGAGAGUUAACAAAAUUGACCAAAAAAUUAAUGGUGAGGGGGGUGGUGUUGACGCUGCUUGUUUUGUCGUUAUUGGUACCCGGGUUGAUUUAUUUUGUAUUUGUUAUUAUGAAUGUAAUUCUUUCAAUUGGAAUACUUAUUGAAUGUUGUAAAUAUGUUAAAUUAUGUUUUAAAGAAUAUAAAUCAUACAAAAAAAAAAAAAAAUCAAGAUAG